CGGACGUUCGUGCACCGGAUAAACAUAAUUGAAGCCACGUUAAUUUCGCACGUUCACUUAAACCCGGUCGUACAAUAAUCAUUAGCCGGUUGUCGGCGUAACCGCGCCACCGAGGCCGGUCGAUAAACCGCCGGCGGGCCGAAAUCGCUCGACCAUCACCGCCCGCCGUCGACGUGUAAUAUGUAUAAUCGGAACAAUAGUAUUGAGUUCCGCUCUUUCCGUGUCGAUUGCACCAAAGGGUGUAUCGCUUCGUCGUUCUAUGGUUUUAUAGCGAUAACAUGAUAAACGACAACACAGAUGUACCACAAAAUCAAUCCAUAAUCGGAUGUACAAAAUCUGUACCCUGUAUUGGAAUGCCGUCCAUAUUACCUGCUUCAGAUCAUUCAAUGAUGUCUGACAAAACUUUCAACGCUGCUGUCGUUGAUAAUCGAGAAGUCGAUAAGCCCACUGAAAAGCGUUCUAAUGUAAAAGCUUUGAUCGACUAUAAUAAUAAUUUAAUUCAAGAAAAACGGCUCAAUGCUCAUGCAAAUAACUAUAAAAUCAAAAAAAAAUUAUUCAACAUGGCUUGUCAAAACAUGGCAAAAUCGUUCGAUAGUUGUGGAAAUAUGAAAGGUGAUAUGGAUCGGGUGGAUGAUGUUAACGAUUUCGUUAAAAAUCAUGUAUCUGAAAAAUACGAAGCUAUUACAGACAUAUUAAAAAAUCAAAGUCCUCAAAUAGAUUCAAAAUUCUUAAGUUCUAUAGAAUUUGAUUCCAAAACUGAUACACCAGAGCUGGAUAAAACCAUUACCGAUGCAGACAAAUGUUUUUUGCAAAACGUUAUGCUUGCAGUCGAAGCUAACCAAAUGUAUCACCAAAGCUUCGCACAGAUUGUUGAUACAAAACAAUUUCAAAAUCUCAAAGAUGUAAUGGUUCAUGUCGCGUUAACAUUGGAAAAAGGAGAAGAAUCCGAGCUUAUUGGACCAGAACUAAUCUCUAUUUGCAAAGAGCACUUAGAAAAAUUUGGCGUCGUAUUGGACAAUAAAUUAAAUAAUAAACCGGCGAAAAAUCCACUGUUAAUAUACCAAAAAAAAUUUAAUUUACUCGAAAACGAGUUAUUGGAAAAAAAGAGAAGUAUGAAGAUCGCUGAAAAUCAGAUCACACUACUAAAGAAAGAAAAGAAAGACUUAAUGAACAUGAUAAAGAGUUACGAUACUAUGGAUAUACAUAAAACAUCGUUAGAAAAACAGCUAAAUGCCGAACAAAAGAAAAACGACAAAUUACAGGGUAUUGUUGCAUCAGUUUUUAAUAGGAAAAUUAAUUAUUAUGAUUCCGAAGAAGAAUACGAAUUAUAAUCUCCGUGUCAAAAUCAAAUACAUGCGAC